AUGCCUCUCUGGCAAGGUGUGAUUCCGACGCCCCAUGACUUCCUACAAGCGCGGGCGGCCACGGCCCGCUUCAAGAGGACGUGUUUGGCGCUCGCUUUCCGGCUGUGGCGCACGCGGGUGGCCGAGUCUUCCCGGUGGGUGGAAAGCUUUCAGGAGCAACACUCUCGAGCCCUCCGGAGGUGCUGGACGGCCUGGCGAAGCAAAAGCAAGGACCGAGACGGAGUGCGCGAAGGAGCUUCUUGGUCGGCGGAUGCUCGCUGGGAUGCUCGCGCCCGGGCCUGCUCGCAGCAGAUGCUGGAGCUGAGGUGCAGGGAGCUGGGCGCUCUGCGGUUGCAGGAGGUCUUUCGCGCGUGGUCGGGGCAUCUUUGCGCACUCAGCCGGGACCUUCGCAAGGAGGACGCUUUGCGGGCGCGGCGGCUUGGGGCGCUGCGGCAGAGGGAGAAGGAGCUGGAGGAGCAGGAAACGCGGACGGAGCGCCAAAAUCGGCGGAACGAAGACGCGGUGAAGCGGCGCCUCUGGGCCUCCCUUGUGGGGACAAGGGACCAGCUCGCGCUGCGCUGCUCCUGGAAUGCCUGGCACGGCGCGACCGCGGGCCUUGCGGCGGCCUUUCGGCGCGCGGGAAGGCGGCGGGAGCGGAGGCCGCUGCUUCUGCAGGUCGUAGUAGCCUGGGCCGGCUGGGCGACUUUGCAGUGGCGGCGUCGGCAGCUGGAUCUGUGCCUCCGGGCAUCCGCUUGGGACGCCCAGCGCAGCGCCGCGCGCCUGGGCGCCCGGCGCCUGCGCUUGGCGCUGGUCGCGACCUGCCGCUGGGCCUUCGGCGCCUGGCGCCGCUUCCUGCGGCAGAGCCGGGGGUUGGAGGCGCUGGUGGCCGAGGUGUCGGCGGCGCUGGGCGCGGCGAAGGUAGGCGUCCGAGCGGAUGGACCUUUCCGUGCAGCAGAUGGCCACUCGAAUGUCGGGGAUUUGCUGGAAGCUGCCGUGGAAGUGGUGGAGGAGCGCGUGCGGCGCUUUUGGGCGCCGGUGCUGCAGGGGGCGCUGCUGCUCUGGCGCACCUUGGCCUGUGCUGCGGUGCUGCGCCGGGCGCGCGGCGCCCGGCGGCUCCAGCUGCGGUCCAGCGGGGAGGCCGCCCGGCGCCGCUCAGCUCAGCGCUGCGUGGAGCGCUGGGUGGCGGAGCUGAGCAGCGCUCUGCUGGAGGUGAGCCUUUGGGCGUGGAAGCUGCAGGCUGAGGCCCGGCAGGGCGGGUUCCCCUUGCAGACACCCGCCGCCCCUUACUUCGAGGCGUGCCUGGAGUCCGGUGAGGUGCAAGGAGACGAGCCAGCCGUCUUCAGGUCCUUGGGAGCUCUCCAGAGCAAGGGCCUGGCUUCUGACGACCGCUGGGCCGUUGGCGGCAAAAGCGAGCGCUUAAGCCGCGACCAGUGGUUUCCGUGCUCGAGGUUACGGGGCAUAUCUCGGGCGCCGACUUUUUGGCCGCCCAAAAGCCCCAUGAACCGCGCGCUCGCGCGCGGCCAGGCGGCGCCAGAUCGCUCCGCGGCGGCGGGGGUGAUCCGCGAGGUGCAGCAGCGGGUUCUUCCUUGCCACGGCUUCUCUUUGUCCGCAGACCCAGAAGACACGGAGGUCCUUCAGCGGGUGACCCAGAUGCAGGGCUUCCUGCAGUCCGGGCGGGUGGACCCCGGUAUCACCCCAGCCCUGGAGCAGUCGGUGCAGCUUUCAGGCUACAGCCGGCUCCUCUCGAAGCCCAUGAAAGCCAAGGCUGUCCCGAAGGCGAAGGGAGCCAGCCUGGCGCUGGCACUGCCAGGCGCUUCUUUGGAGGACACCUGGAAGCACAGCCACCGCCCGGGCAAAGCCGUGUGGGUCGCCGCCACCUGGAACAAAUUCGAGCCGCAGGAAAUGAAAUGGGAUGGCUCCAAGUUCUACCACAUCUUCCAGGUGGGCGCCGGCGGCUGGGAGAGCUUUCAACUGCUGGUGGACGGAAGGUGGGAGCAAUGUGUCUACCCGAGCAUCCCUGACGGCUGCCCCUUCGUGGAGUACGAUCUGCUGGGGCCCAACAACCGGGGCCACGGCAAGAACUGGACCGUGGGGAGGCAUCCCCAGGACGGCGCCAGAGCUGGGGACAAGGUCCGGGUGCAGGUGGCCGUGAAUGGCCAAGGCCUGCCGAGGCAGGUCACCUGGCGCAAGGAGGCCAGGCUGACCCUGGGCACGGUAGAGGGGGACUCCAAGACGGCGUCCCUCGCGGCCCCUCGUCCCGCGGGGAGCUCCGCGCCGAGCUUCGCCGCCGCGGCCUCCGCGGCCGUCUCCGCGGCCGCCGCGGCCGGCGCCGCGCGGCGGGCGGCGCGCAAAGGGAACCGAAAACCGCGUGCGGCUCUGCGCUCGGUGGUGCUUCAGCCGGGGCCGCUGCCCCACGUGGUGCUCAGUGAGGGAGACUCCCAGGCUACGGUGUACCUGCGGGGCGCCCACCUCGCGUCCUUCAAGGCGAAGGGCGUGGAGUGGCUGGGCCUUCGCGCGGAUUGCGCGCUGGACGGGUCCAAGCAGAACAUCAGCGGAGGCUUCCCCAUCUGCUUCCCACAGUUCGGGCCUGGGAAGGUGAUCGUGCAGCAUGGCUUUGCCAGGAACAUGGACUGGGAACUUGAUGAGAACAAGAGCAGUGAGAGCAAGUGCGUGCUGAUUUUGGAGGAGACGGAAGAGACCAUGAAGACGUGGCCCCACCAAUUCCGGUGCACCUACACCGUGGAGCUCAAGGACGACGAGCUGCACUGCUGCCUCAAAGUGGUUAACAAGUCCGAGUCUGACUGCACCUUCACCACCGGGAUCCACAGUUACUACGACACCUCCGACGUGGACACGCUGCGGAUCGAAGGGAAGUUCUCCGGUUGUACCAAGGAGGAUCGGACGCAGGAUCCCCCUGAGCCUACUACCUAUGACAAGGACGAGAUCACCAUCUCGCAAUUCGCGGAUGAGAUCUACCAGAAGGUGUGGCCGGGCACGGUGACGCUGAAGGACCCCAAGAAGGGCGAGCUGGACAUCGUCAGCGGCGGCGGCUGGCGGGACCUCGUGAUCUGGAAUCCCUACGGCGACGACAAGAUGGGCUACAAGACCUUCGUUUGCGUGGAGAGCGUGGAGGGCGAGCCGGUGCCUUUGAAGCCCGGCGCCGCCUGGGACGCCACGGUGAAGCUGGUGGCGCGGAACACGUGA